UCGUCGUCGUCGUCGUCAUCGCCGUCGCCCCCUCACCCUUCCGCUCUGGUGUCCUCCGUCUUUUCUUUCUCCUUGUUCCCGCAUGUCAAUCAAUUAUUCGAGUCUGCUUGAGCAGGCGGUCGCCGAAUGGGCGCCCUAUUAUCUCGAGUACAACCAGCUGAAAGGCCUCAUCAGCCGAGUUGCCCUCUCCCUGGAGGCCACAUCCCAGAGUGCCGAGGUUCCACCUGCCCAGGCACAUGUUGGUGCUGUGGAUGAUGAGCGCCAGCGCUUCGAGCGCGAGCUCACCAAAGAGCUGGAAAAGAUCAACACCUUCUACAUGGUGAAAGUCAACGAAUAUUGGGACACCUACACUCAGCACUACAAGGAAUCCAUCAAACGAAUUCUCUCUCGCGCCCAGAACGUUCAGCACCUCUCCAGCCAACUCCGGCGACAGGCCUCCAUCACCGCCUCCUCAUCGCCGGAUACCGUCCCGACUCCCGCAUCACCCGGUGCUGGCCCUGCCUCGCUGUCGGAAGUUGCCGUGUCCAGCAUCGAGGGUGGUGGUGGCAGCCUCCAAGGUCUUGCGGCGGAUGGGCUCAACUUCGAUGACUUCCGUCCUUUUUUCGAGUUCUGUCGCAAGGUCGAUGAUCUGCGCAACUACACCGUGCUCAAUUACAUUGGGUUUUUGAAGAUCUGCCGCAAGUACGAUGCGCGGACCAAUCCCGGCGCCAGCUUCCUGCUCAAGUACACCCCGCUCCUGAUCCAGCAGCCGUUCUAUAAUUCCAUUGCAUUGGCGGCACUCUACACCGAAGUUCAGUGCUACUGCACCGAGAUCUUCUGGCUCAAGAAUGAGACCGUCACCCAGGUGGCCGACUUUACUUGCGUCCUGUGUCGCGAGAUCCUCCAGUCGCCGCUGGUGCUCAGCUGUACACAUCGCUUUUGCGGGCGCUGUGUUACCGGCCUUCCGGUUGACCACACCUCCGGCACGGCAAGUUGUCCCAUCUGCCACAAGGAGUUUGAUCCGCUGAAUUCGGUCAACUUCCACACGUCCGCCGUCUUGAAUGCAUUCAUCGAUACAUACUUCCGGCCACCGGCGGCCGAGGCCGGGCCCGUGACGCCGGCCGGCAUGGCGGCCGCCGCGGCUCUGGCAGCCGCCGGCGGGGCCCCCCAAGCCGGGGUCAAUGCCCUGCUGGUUGCCGUGCCCACGGCCGAUGGCGGUGCCGGCACCGGCGGCGGCCCCCUGGCGUCUGAUCCUCUGGGGCCUCUUCCACCCGGGGCCGGGGCCAUCCUCUCGCCCUUCGGCACGGCCAUUUCGCACCUUGGCGUGACUCCGGAUGGGUCGACCCUGUUGUCGGUUCCCAGCGGCUCGGUCUUGGUCCCGGCGGCGGCCAUUUCCUCGCACCACCAUCACCACGCGCCUGCGGCCACCCCGGGUGCCGAUGGGCGGCACUUUGAGGCUCUUGGCACGGCGGGGGCCGCCGGCAGUGGCACCCUCCCGACCGGGGGCGAGCUCCUGCUCCAGGGCGGCCCGGCUUCCCCGGCCCCCGGUACCCUGGGCCAUUUGGGCUUCGAUUUCAUAGCUCCCCUGGGCCCGGGGAUCGGUCUGGCGCCGCCCCCACCGCCGGCCUCCGGGUCCUUGCUGUCGGCCUCGCCGUCGGCCGCAUCGUCGCUGGGUCUGCCGGCCGCCAGCGGGCCACCCCCGCCGCCCCCGGCCGCCGGUGGCAUCGAUGACCAUCUGGAUUCUUCCGACCCCCUUGUGCCUCCCCUGUCCCCGGGUCUGGUGACUGUCCCGGUCGCCUCCUCGGGAGCUGGGACCACUGCCCCGGCCAGUGUGCCGGCCGCCGGAUCCGGAGCCCAGCCGGCCCCCCCGCCGGCUGUGAUCGACAUGACUCGGCUGGCGCCGAUCAGCCUCGCCGGCGGGACGGUCCUGCUGCCGUACAACACCGCCCCGGCAGCCGACACGGCCCCCAGCUUCGAGGAUCCCUUCAAUACUUUCGAAAUGUCGGUCUUCUCAUCCAGCCACCUGGGUCAGGCAUCGGUUGAGCCCUUCCUCCAGGAGCAGGGCCACCGGGCGUCCAUGUACUCUCUGGCGCCUCCCUCCCCGGCGCAAGCGCGCUCCUGGCGCAAGUCCCGCAACUCCUCCAGCUUCAGUGGGUCCGGCUCGCGCAGCGGUCGGGGCUAUGGCGGCACACGUGCCGGCGCUCGGUCCGGAUCCGGGGACUUCUGGCGCAAGCUCGGCUGGUGCUGUGUCUCCUUCUCCCGGGUGGUGGGGGACAACCUCUUUUCGCGGAGCGCUCUCAGUGGCCGGCGCCACUCGACAGCCGCCGUGUUGCGGGUGAUCUUCACGAUCAUCGUCAUUGGCCUGCUGCUGGCCUUCCUCCUGCUGACUGGGCCGUGGCAGCGCUCGGCCCUGCAGGAGCAGGCCUUCCUUCGGCCGUCCCUGCCGGCUGUGGCCUUCCCCGGGCAUGCCUUUGUCGGUCGGUCAGUGGCCUCGCUGGAUUCCGUGUGUGCCUCCAUCGCUGCGGCCUAUGUGUUUGAUGGCUUGCCGGCGGUGCCCGCUGGCAGCCCUGCCCCGGCCCCGGCUGUGGCGCGCAUCCUGGAGCGCUUCUCCCUGCGCGCCCCGCUGGCCAUCGACCAUCCGGCCCUGGCAGCCUUCCCGGUGUGCCUGCUGGACCAGGGUGGCCUGGCCGGUCUUCCCGCCGGGGUGGCCACCAGCGCGGUCCGGUGUCUGCUGGACCACCGGCCGAUGGUCUUCUCGCCGACCAUGCCCCCGGCGAUUGACAUGUCCUUGCUUGUCCACAUGGAUGUCCGGCUUUUGGCCUCCUCCUCCUCCCUCAUCGCCACAUACUUCAUUUCUCAAACCGCCACCCCCGGAGCGGACCUCACCCUUCCGGCCCUUGGGCCGGCGGUUGCCGGUCCACCUCCCUCCGGGCAUCCGGCCGGCACCGUCCACUGGCCAUCAAUGGGGGCCACACGCACCAGCAACAAUCCCUCCCCGGCGUUCCCCUAUCUCCCGCCGGGCAUCGCGGGCUGCCUGCUGGCCGGGCUGCUGGAGCAAACCGCCGGCCUGACCCCCAGCCAGAUGACCCCCACUGACCAGGUGGUUGCCCGGUACCUGUCCUAUGUGUCCGGUGUGGACGAUCCCCAGGAGCUGUACCAGGACAUCCUCCGGCCUUAGAGGGCCGGGGAAGUGGCCGGAGAGAGACCACACAGGGAGGGAAGGACAGCACUCGCCCCCCCCCGGCGGGCGUCAUUCUCAUUCCCAAUGCGCGGACCCUGGGCUUUUUUCGAUCUCUCCUCUUCCCCCCCCCCCC